AUGCAAUUAUAACUAAUAAAUAGAUAGCUUCCAACAUCAUUAAAAAAAUCACUGAGAUUAUUAAUCGUAUCAAUUACAUUGUCUUUAUUGAUAUGUUUAGCAGAAGGAAUAGCAUUCACUCAUAUUAAUUCUGAAAUAAGUAUUAUAUUUUCUUGAUUUAGAUAAUUUAUGUGGAUUGAUGUCAGCAUAUGUUAUACAGGUAAUCUCUUGUUUUAUAGUUUUAAUAUCACUUUUGUUAAAUCUAUUUUCAAUUUUUAAAAUGUCUAAAUCUUACUUGCUAAUUGGUUUAGUUUUAAGCAUUAUUUUUAAAUUUAUAUCAAUGAUAAUGAUAAGAAAUUCGAUGAAUUAAAUAUAGGGCGGAUGCUAUUUUUCAAGGUUUUAAAUUACAAGCUUUUUGAUAAGUGAUUUAUUUUGGAUUGUACUUUUGCUGUUUUACUAUAGCACAAUAUCUAAUUUAUAUCAAAAGUUUCCAGAAAUCUUUUUCUUAAGAUUCAACUUUAGUACAUUGUGGAAAAAUUGA